UUCAACGGCACAGAAGUGGACACAUAUUUGGGUAUUCCAUACGCGGAGCCACCGGUCGGUGACCUCCGCUUCCGAAGACCAGUGCCGGCGAAGAAGUGGUUCAAUGUAUUUAACGCAAUAAAUUGGCCCAACGAUUGCUAUCAAUCAAAUUUGACCCUAAUGUCAAUGCAAGGCACAGUCCGUCAAAGCGAAGAUUGUCUGUAUAUCAAUAUAUUUGCACCAAGAUCAAAAUCGCUAACUAUGAAAUCACUUCGACCGGUGAUGGUAUGGAUACCCGGUUUUAUUAUGGGCUUCUCCAGUGAUUUCAAUCCAAUUGUUUUGGCCAUUAAAGGAGAUGUAAUCGUUGUUACCAUUAAUUAUAGAUUGGGCGCUUUGGGACUGUUUUAUUUGGGAACAGAUGACGCGCCCGGGAAUACACUACUAUGGGAUCAGAUAUUAGCCCUUCAAUGGGUUCAGACAAAUAUCAUCCGAUUUGGUGGCGAUUCCGAUAGAGUGACUAUAUUUGGUGUGGGAGUCGGCAGUGUCUCCGUCGGCGCUCACAUCCUAUCGCCCGUCAGUCGAGGUUUGUUUCGAAACGGUAUAAUGAUGUCCGGAUCGGAGCUAACACACAGAGCUGUAGAUUCACCCGAAGUUGUCCGCAAUUAUUGGUUAAAUCAGUCAAUACGGAUCGGUUGCGGGUCUAAGAGUGACCACAGAUUUACGCUGCAAAUAAUGGAUUGCCUGCGAAGAGCACCGAGUGUUAGCGUUUCGAUAGAGAACGGAUAUUCAACGGCACAGAAGUGGACACAUAUUUGGGUAUUCCAUACGCGGAGCCACCGGUCGGUGACCUCCGCUUCCGAAGACCAGUGCCGGCGAAGAAGUGGACNAUACUCGGGAACAGAUGACGCGCCCGGGAAUACACUUCUAUGGGACCAGACGUUAGCCCUUCAAUGGGUGAAGAAAAAUAUCGGUCACUUUGGCGGAGAUCCCAAUAGAGUGACUAUAUAUGGCGAGAGCGCUGGCAGUAUGUCAGUCAGUGUUCACAUACUAUCACCUAAUAGUCGAGAUUUGUUUCAAAACGCUAUAAUGAUGUCCGGAUCGAUGCUUCUCUAUGGAGGCGUCGAUACACCAGAAAAUGCACUCAAAUAUUGGUUAAAACAAUCGCAACAAAUCGGGUGUUCAGAUGAAAGUGACCACAAGUUUACACCAAAAAUAAUGGAUUGCUUGAGAAAAAUGCCGAUUGAAAAGUUGGCUGCAAUUCCUUUUAGUCCAUUCAUACCAUCGGCUGAUAAGUUAGAUGUCGUUCCCCUCUUUGUCGUCGACGGAAAGAUAUUUCCCAAAACUCCGAUUAAAAUGUUAGAAACAGGAGAUUAUAAAAAGGGCAAGACUCAAGACGAGGGGUCUAUACUAUUGGCGGCGUUAGUCGAUCCGAUCACUUAUAAUAUAAUUAAUCCCAAAAACUUUACAUAUAAUGAAGCAUUUGAUGCAUUGAAAAAGUUAUCGUCGAGUCUUAGACUUAGUAAACCGCUUAACGGCGAAGACGUCUCCCGAAUGUAUUUCACGGGUCUCUCCACUCAUACCCACAAAGACUUAUUGAUCCGAGAAAUUGGUAUCGCUUUUGGAGAUUAUGUUAUCACUUGUCCGACCAUUCAGUUUGCAAAGAAUGUCAUUUCAAGUGAUAAAACCGGAACAAAAGUCUUUCAAUACUAUUAUAACAGUAAAUUAGGAAAACCUAAGACACCCUGUUUGGGUAAAUGGAUGGGUGUUUGUCAUGCAAAUGAUAUUAUGCCAGCAUUUGGUUUGCCAUUCCUUCAGCCAAAUGAAUAUUUAGAUCGCGAGAGAGACAUAUCCUCACAAAUGAUGGACUCUUUUAUUAGUUUUGCCAAAAAUAGUAACCCGGGUGUUAUAGACGGCGCCCAAUGGCCGCAAUACUAUUCAAUGGGAGCCAAUAUAAUAGCGCCGUAUUAUGAGUACACAAAUGAACCGAAAUCUGUCACUAAUUUCAACAUUGGAUUAAAGAUCGAUGAAUGCGAUUAUCUNGCCCAAUGGCCGCAAUACUAUUCAAUGGGAGCCAAUAUAAUAGCGCCGUAUUAUGAGUACACAAAUGAACCGAAAUCUGUCACUAAUUUCAACAUUGGAUUAAAGAUCGAUGAAUGCGAUUAUCUGUGGAAUCAAUACAACCAU